UUUAUUACAGCCGCCCCUGAUUUUAACAAAUCCUUGUACGACAAAGCAUGGGCCAUGGAUUUAAACAGUGCAAAAUCCACAAAAAUAAGAACACAUUAUGAGUGAAGAGAACACAUUGAGCAAAAAUGACAUCUUUCCCCAUGAAUGCUGGUGAUGGUGUUUACAGCUACUCCAAAAACUCCCAAUUGCAGAAAGAAAUGAUAGAUGGUGCAAAGGAGAUGGUGAUAGAUGCAAUUAUUCAAAAGCUUGACAUCAAGACUAUAUUAUCUUCUUCAAACACAUUCCAUAUUACAGAGUUGGGAUGUUCUGUUGGACCAAAUACUUUUAGCGCAAUGCAGUAUAUUGUUGAAGCUCUAAAGGACAAGUAUUUAUUAUAUCAAGACCAAGACAUAAAUUUCACUAAUAAUAUUCCUGAAUUUCAAAUAUUCUUCAACAAUCAUGUCACUAAUAAUUUCAAUAUCCUCUUCCGUUCACUACCCUUUGAUCGAUCCUACUAUGCAUAUGGAGUUCCAGGAUCUUUUUAUGGUAGGUUAUUUCCAUCGCGAUCUAUACAUUUUGUACAUUCUUCUUCUGGUAUAAAUUGGUUAUCCAAGAUUCCAAAAGAAUUGGUAGAUGAGAAAUCCCCAGCAUGGAACAAGGGUUUGAUUCACUAUGUUGGUGCAUCAAAUGUUGAAGUAGUGAAUGCUUAUUUUGCUCAAUUUGAAAAGGACAUGGAAAUAUUCUUUAAUGUUAGAGCUGAGGAGAUUGUUCAAGGAGGCAUGAUGGUGCUUAUCACAGCAUUUUCAGGUUAUAUACGUCUGCUGAAAUUUUUUGGUUCUAGUCUUAUGGAUUUGGCUAAUGAGGGAAAGCUAGAUGAAUCUCUAGUUGACUCAUUCAAUUUGCAUUGUAUUAUCCCUCUCCUCAAGACAUGACUAAAGUAGUGAGAAAGAAUGGACUUUUUAGCAUUGAGAGAAUGGAGUUGAUAAAUAUCAAAUCAAAUCUUGUCGAUGAGGCUGAUGCAAAGACUUUAAUGAUGAGUUUAAGAAGUUCUUUAGAAGGAGUUAUAAUCAAUCAUUUUGG